AGUCAGCUGUUUCACAUGUGCACAAUGUGUAAGAAUAAACCACUUUUUAUUGAAAUUAAUUGUUAGUUAUAAUUCUGUCUAUCGAACGUUUUCAUUCAUUUGAUAGUCAAGAGUCAUACUGAAGUGAUUUUUUGUCUUCCAGGUACUAUGUGAACCAGUGAGAACCACGAAAAUAUGGACAGCUUUCUGAGGGUAGAUCCUCAACAUCUGACAACAUCGCCCAGUAGUUCUUCAUUUCUGACGGACGAAGUCGCUUCAUUAUGUCCUCUGAUCACCCCCUCACCACCAACAAACGCAUUCGUAGACCCUCUUCAAGAACACUCAGAGGCUAAUAAUUACACCAUUAGUCACGAAUUAGCAACAAAGUUACAACAAAUCGGAAGUUCAGAUGAAGAAAAGGCAGAGUCAGCUUCCUCUAGCUCCUCAGCUCUGGCAGAACCAGCUUGUACCCAGCUACUGAACCACAGAAAUAUCUACCACAACAUCGCAAAUGGUGAAGAAAACCACCAGUCAGAGGUGACUAAUGAGAAGGAUCAACCCCUCCAAUUGACAUUCCGCAACCCACCUGACAACUACUUCUUCAUGUCGUGGAACUGGCCCCUGAUCCGCAGAAUAUCCAUGUGGAUGUUCCUCUCAGGUUUAGUAGCCAUGGUGGCUCUAGUAGCUGCUAUGAUCGCAACCUUGCCCAAAACUUGCAACCCCCCUACCUUCUGGUACCAAGGAAACCUGCUUUACGAGAUAUUCCCUGCUAGCUUCUACAGCAGGGACCAGAACAUGGAGGGCGACUUCAAAGGUAUAGCUUUCAAAGCGGACUAUAUCAAGAAGCUAGGCGCUAGAGGGGUGAGACUCAACUCCAUCUUCGAGAGCAAUAACUAUCCCCAUGAUUUUGAGAACGUCACUAGCUUGACCGAGAUCGCUAAACCAUUGGGAAGCUUGAGAGACUUUGGAGGAAUGGUGAAACGUCUCAACUUCAUGAAUAUCUCGGUAAUUCUAGAUCUGCCAAUCUACCCCUUUGUCAAAAAGCUUGCUAAAAGAAAAGAAAGUAAUAAAAGCGAGAGUAGCUCUGGUCCUACAGUAGAAUUCUUAAGGAAAGCAAGAGACGAUCAACUGGAUGCCAUAGAAGAUGCCAUACUCUUCUGGACGUCCAACGGAGUCGAAGGAUUUUACCUCAAAGGCCUAGAGUACCUCAGCAACGACCCAAACCUAGCUAAUUCUUUGAGAAGGUGGAAAAAAAUCCUAGGAGAGAAUAGAGCUAUCAUAGUCAGCGAGCAUUUCAUCAAUGCCGUACCACAAAACCUGAAGCAAAUCGUUUACAACAAUGUCGACUUAGUGGACGUGAAGCUGCACCUCGAAAGCGGAGCUACCGAAGUGAGCAAAGUAAUCAACUCGCUGCAAAACAGCACUUUGUUCACGACUCCUGGCAUGCCUUGGGUGCACUGGUCUUUGGGCAAUGCCAACUCCGAUAGGCUAGCCAACGUGUUACCGUACGGUAACGGUACUCUAGGCGCCACUUUGCUUCAGCUGAUGCUACCAGGAACUCCGUCUGUCUUCUACGGUGAUGAGCUCGGUAUCCAGCAAAUUUCCGAUCACCAAGGGGAAAAGCAGGAUAUCAAGCACCUGCAUCAGCUGACAAUGAUGCCUUGGCCUAACCAGAAGAUGAAGAUGCUUCCUUGGAUCCACGGAGACGAUGAGGUGGUGGGUAGGUACGAGCAAAUGGAGGUGAUAAGUAAAAUGGUGGCGCUCAGAGAACAGUCGCCUUCGAUUUAUAUGAACUCGGUUUACAAGCAAGGCGGUACCAAGGCUAAUGCGGAAGUCAAAUACGCGCAGAAGCAGUUCUUGGUCGUGCAGAGAUGGUACCCGAGGAGGAAGCAGUAUGUGGUGGCUUGUAAUUUGGGUACUAAGAGGCUGACGACUGAUUUGUCCACGAUUUUGUAUAGUGGAGAUGUUGUGGUCGGUCCUAGACCUGAUUCUAAGUAUGGUGCCAUAUCCUUCAAGGAUAUCUCUUUGUGGCCAGGAGAAUCAGUGGUUGUAGUUUUGAAAUAAAACUUACGCUGUUUUAGAUGCCAAAGUUGUUAUGCAAUAAAUCUUUGGAAAACUU